AUGACCGUUGAGGAUGCGUCUGCUGCAACAUUGCCCCGUUGGGAGUGCUGUCGCGGGGCCAACUUUGACCGUCUGGGAGUGUGUCGCUGCAACAUUGACCGUGUGAGGAGUGCUGUCGCUGAAAUUGACCAGUUGGAAAUUUUGGUCCCUGGCUCUGAUCCCUCGGGAGCCGGAGGAAUGCCCUUUGGGAGCGAAGAGGCGACCGGGAGUGGCGGCGGCGGGGGGAAAUGUGUCCCUCCAGGGGCGGGGAUUGAAGGUAAAUUUGAGGAGACUUUCGUCCAGGAAGCUUCCCCCGGAUGGUCCAUAAUUAGUCAAUUUUGUUUACAGACGUGCAUCGAGGCCAACACUGAUGUCAAGACUACUGAUGGCUACAUCCUUCGCGUCUUCUGCAUUGGAUUUACCGAAAAGGUAUCCAGCCAAACCAGAAAGACAGCUUAUGCCCAGCACACUCAAGUAAAGAACAUCCGCAAGAAAAUGGUGGACAUUAUCACGCGUGCUGUGGCCAGUAGUGAGCUGAAGGAGGUGGUCAACAAACUAAUCCCUGAUUCAAUGGCUGAUGAUAUCCGAAAAGCUUGCAACCUUAUUUUCCCCCUCAAAGAAGUGCAUAUUCGUAAGGUACGUGCUAUAUGCCCCAAGUUUGUAGGGUCUUAAUUUUUUCAGUUUAAA